AUGUAUUUUAUAUCACUAGUUUCUCUGUGUUUUACGUUUUCAUUCUGGGUUCUGUAUCCGAUCGCGUCGUUUCGCAUUAAAAGAGAAUUUUACCAUCAUUUUAAUGGGAAAGAUCUGAAAUAUCCCAGAAGAUUCACAAAGUUUCGGAUAAAUGGACUAUAUUCAGAAUCGGAAUCUUCUGCCAACCACAAGACAUUGUAUUUGAUAUCACCCAGGGGAUUUUGUGAAGGUGUUAGCAGAGCUAUAAAGACAGUGGAAGAAACAUUGAGAAUAUUUGGUCCACCUAUAUAUGUUAAGCACGAAAUAGUCCACAACGAGGCUGUUUGCAACCGACUAAGGGCAAAAGGAGUUAUAUUCAUCGAGGAUUUGAAUCUGGUUCCUGAAAAUACGAUCGUAGUUUACUCCGCUCACGGUGUGUCACCGGCGAUUAAAGAGCUUGCCAAAAGCAGGAAUUUGAUAGAAAUUGAUGCUUCUUGUCCAUUAGUCAACAAGGUUCAUGUAUAUGUAAAGAAAAAGGCAGAAGAAGGAUACAAGAUCAUUUUGAUUGGUCACAAGGAUCAUCAGGAAACAAUUGGUACAAGUGGAGAGGCACCAGAGUCUGUAACUGUGAUAGAGACCGUAGAAGAUGUUGAAUGUUUGAAUUUUUCAGAGGGAACCAAGUUAUUUUAUGCAACACAAACAACCCUUAGUCUUGACGACUGCCGCGAAAUAAAGGAAGCCUUGAUUAAAAAAUUUCCGCAGAUAGAAACAAUUCCCAGUGGAUCAAUUUGUUACGCAACAACGAAUAGGCAAACUGCAAUCCAUAAGGCUGCCGAAUUUUGUGAUUUGGUGCUGAUAGUUGGUAGCCAACUAUCUUCGAAUGCCAAGAGACUGGUAGAAGCUGCCCUUAACCGAGGUGUAAGAGCACAUUUGAUUUUUAAUGAUGGGGAAGUUACCGAAGAAUUGAUUGGCUCUUGUAAAAAAAUUGCACUUUCAUCAUCGGCAUCAACUCCGGAUGAUUUAACCCUAAAGGUUUUGGAAAAGCUAAAAUCUCCACCAUUUUCAUUUUCUGUCGAGGAAUUCGAAGGUGCUGUAGAAAGAAUACCAAAAUGGAGACUUCCUAGAAAUCUGGAACAGAUGAUUAAAGAGCAUGAUAGCAAGAGUGAAUAG